AAAUGGAUAAUUCAAGCAACACUAUUAAGGAAAUUGAAAAUAAAGCAAAUAUAGAAAUGCUUGAAAAAAUUUUGGAAAAUCAAUUGAGUUAUAAAAAUGUCGAAAAUAAUGAAAAUGAGGAUAAAGGAAAGGGAAAAUUGUUUAGAGGAAAGGAUAAAGAAAACAAAGGAAAGGGGAUAUUGUGCACGAAUUUAUUGUUUUGUGGUAGCUCAAGCUAUGGUAAAGAAACGCCGUCUGAUUAA